CAUUAGCAGAGGAAGAAGACACCGGAAGUUCUACUGUGGUAUUUCUUCUGCGUUUACUGUUGGGAAAAGAGUGAGCAAAAAUAUUUGAGACGUUCAUCUUAACAAACCUGAGGUAACAACACCGUAAACAAAAAUGUCACGAAGAAAAAGUCGACGUUGUUUUUAUGUCAUACUAUGAGCAGCUGUGCUCAUAGUCGUUCGGUAGUCCCACCGUUAACUUGGACCGUUUGUUAGCUUAGAACCUUUACACACGUUAGCUUUGCUUCUAGCAGUAGCGCUGCUUUGAUUUUGUUUUUUAAAACAUCUGUCCUACAUUUACAGUUCUGAAAGAACCCCCUGACCCUUUUUUUAUCGUUGCCAGAGCACAAUUGGGUAUGCGUGUAUUUAAAUGUUUAUGUGUGAUGCUAAUAAAAAAUAGCUGCAGUUGCUGUAAAGAGGGACUUUCUUAUCCUGACAGUCAGUUGUCAGUUUCACCUGUUUUCACUUGGAUUAAAUCAUAAGAAUUAUAACGCAUGUAGUGAUCAAAAGAUUGUCAUUUAUGAAUAUAUUCUGAAUAUAUUGAGUUGAAUAUGGAAAGACAUUGACAUUUUUCUAGAUUUUUGUUUUGCUGUGAACCUUUUCUCUCUCUGUAUGUAGUUUUUUUUUGUGUGUGUUUAUUUCCGUUUUCCAGCUAGUGAUAACCCAAGCAUGUAAAAUAAUUGACUGAAUGGUUGUCCAAGAAGAGUCUCCAGUGACCACAUUACCCAGAAGGACUGCCGUCCCCGAAGCUCAAAUCCAUUCCUUCUGAAUAAUCUUUUGUUUUGUUUGUUUUGUUUUUGGACAUUUCCGCUUCACUUUGAUGUGCAAUUGUUGAUUCUUGUUUCUGAAGGUGCUGCAUAUUCCUUAUGAUGCUCAUGUGUGGAGGGCUCAAAGGGACCCUGCUUUUGAUUAAAGAGUCAAUCUAAGGACUGCAUCCAGUCAGGACAACUUACUAACAGCUAUGUUGUAACCUUGGUCGCCAUCCUUCAACUGACCUGCUCCUUCUGGAAAACCAAUCACCUUACUGCUAACUCUUCUUAACUUUCCAGGGACAAUGUCCCAUCAUCUGCAUAACUCUUUUGCUUCUGGAAACCAGAGUUCCACCCAGGAUCGAUAUGGACUGGGAGAAAUGGACCCACACAGUAAAACUUGCCAUGUUGGACCAGGACUUAGUUCACCUGGGCCUCCGACUGUGGCAUCUGCUAGAGUGAUUCCAGCAUUGGGUCAGUCGGUAGGCUAUCGACCUGAACCAAAUAGGACCUCAAUAAAUGAUGAUUUAGAACGGUCUGUGGACAUUCACAUUAGCAGAGCCCGAGAGGAAGUCAAAUUUUGUGGUGAUCCAGGCCGUCAGUCCACAGGUCAGAGGACUCACUUUUCAGGCACUCACAGGGAUGAAUAUCAGUCCUCAAGAUUGCAUACAUCAUCCUAUCCACAAUCCUCAUCUGCUGUCUCUCACAGUCACAAAUACUGUAAUGUUGAAAGCAAACAAAGCUCCAUCGCCUUGCUGCCGAAAUACAAAGGAUCAGCCGAUGACGAUUCCUCCAGAUUUUAUCCUUCACCUUCUUCUUCGAGCUAUACUCACAAUAGUGAUGGAACGUUCACUUCCUCCACAGAAGGACAACGUGAUGUUGAGUCUCUUACGGGAUUAAGAGAAUAUGAGAAUACAAAACCUAAGUACACUUCCCAGUCUGCCAUUAACAUCCUUAUGCGUUUUGGACUUGAGAAAGAGGACUUGGAGUAUCUUAUUUCAUACCCAGAAGAUCAGUUGACACCAUCCAACCUACCAUUCAUCCUGCGCCAAAUCCGCAUGCAAAAGACAAGGAUGUCUACAUCUGCUGUUGAGUCAAAACCUUACCCAGAACCCCAACCAGUCAGAGGUUCAGAGAUGAAUUUUGCAGGACAGUUGCCUAUUCCCAAGCCACCUCAAGUGAUUGAUUAUGGACAUACUGGCAAAUAUUUUGGAGGAACUGGUAGGACUGAUAGCAUUGGUGAAGAUAGCUCAAUGCUAGAGUCAUAUGAGCAGCGUAUGACCAGUGGGAGUCAAGGACAAGUUCAAAAAGACAGUACAGAAUGCAAAGUCAGUACCUUGGUUUCUCCAUGGGACCACAGUAGCUCUGACACUAGGCUCAGCUCUCCAUACCAAUCGGUUGCUCCCUUGAUUAAUGAUCCAAAUGAACCAAGCAGUUCUGACACUCCUCCCAGUUCCUUGGACCGCUCUGUUGCUCCCACAAGUAACAAACCAACUAAACAAUCAUACAAUCAACCGAGUCAAACUUCUCCGCUGACCUGUAACUCUUUCAACCUGCCACAGAAAGACCCUAACAGACAAGUUUUGAUUACUGAACCCAGACCUACUUCUUUCAAUGAACCAGGCACAGGGACAAAGCCCACAUUGCCAUUACUGAACAGAAAGGGUCUUAUUCUUAUUGAUAAGACCUACUCCAAAGGGACCAUGGAUGACAGCAAAAGUCGGGGAGAAGAGGCAGCACUUACCAAGCAUGUUAAAAAGGAACAGGAACAGAAUAAAGAUUUGAAGAAAAAAGAGGAGCAGAAACAAAAACCAGAGCAAAGAAAGGAAUUUGAGAAGACUCAAAAGCAACAAGCACAGGCGCCAAAGCAGCCACAAUCGCAGUUGGGGAAUGCGUUGUGGUCAGCUUUUUUACCUUUGCAGCCUCCACCUGUCCUGCCGGGCUCUUCCGUUCAGUACCCGGUGCCAUACUCCAAGCCUGAUGCAUCUCCUGUUGGUAAUCUCCCUCCAAGCACAAGCUCCUGGAACCAGACUUCCCCGCCCAAGAAUGCGGUAAAGUUGCCAGGCAUUGAGAUUCAACCGUCACUUGCCAUGAUGCAUGACUAUGCCGCAGCCACUCCGAAAGUCUUUCCGCAUAUUUGUUCUCUGUGUUUCAAAGAGUGCACGACACUGAAGAGUUGGAUCUCCCAUCAGAACAGCAGCCUUCACCUGCAGUGCUGCAGACAACUCCGGACAAGAUACCCACAGUGGAAUGGAGAAGUUCUUGUUAAAUCCAGCUCUUUGAGUAAAGAUACGGAGUCCUCUUCUUCACCAUCUGCUAAGACUUCCCAAAAGCUCCAUGGAAGAUUUUCUUUAUCAUGUAAGACUUCCCAAAAGCAACAUGGAAGCCUUUCUUCAUCAUCUGCUAAGACUUCCCAAAAGCACCAUGGAAGCCGCUCCCAUUCCCGUUCUGCCAGCCCAAAUAGACACCAAGGUUCAAAGAAUAGAAAACCGAAACGUAGCCGAUCCAGAUCUCGCAACCCCAGAUACUCUCGUUCCUCGUCCCAUUCCCCACAAUACAGCCGAUACCGGUCACGUUCAAGGAGCCAAGAAAGGGGGAGAAGGUGGAGGAGGAGGAGCAGUAGGACAAGAAGUAGUGAAGAGAGAGAGUCAUCUCCCAAACGAAGAUGUGAAAGACGUUCUUCGUCCAGGAGGAGAGAGGACAGGCGCUCCUCUCCAGAAUGGAGAAGCCACAGGCAAUUGCAACCAGGAAGUAGCAGCAAUAGAUGGUUGUCUCCACAAAGGAGCCGUGAACGACGCUCACCCCCGAGAAGGAGUGAAACCGGGCGCUCCCCGGUGAGCAGAGAUGACAGGAAAGUUUCCCCAAGGCACAGUCGUGACAGACUAUCUUUGAGAGAAAUGUCUCCUGAAAGGCAGAAAUCGAGGAGCGCAGAGAGGCUGGUGAAGAAACUCCUUAAAAGAACAGCUGGCCCGUCUCAAUGUGAGGCUGAUCUGGAAGCUGUGGUCAAGACUCUUCUUGCAGAAAUCACCAAGACAAAGUCUUCAUCUACAGCAGAGAUGGGAAGUAAACACACAAUAAGCUCGUCCUGUGUCAGCAGCAGGAGCACAGACUUUGCAUCUUCCUCCACAUCAGUUCCUUCCUCUUUCACUUCUGCCACCUCCUCAGCAGCAAAGAAAACAGCAACUACAACAAAGAGCAGUUUGCUGAAAGGCAGGGUGGACAAGUCGUCGCCUGUCUCUGCUCCAACCAUGGUAAGAUUGGAGGGAAUCACCAGUAGCCUGUCCCGCACUGACGUGAUUGCUGCUCUGGAAUGUUUUGGACGAAUUAAGUCAAUCAUUCUGAGCCGCAAAAAAGAACAGGCCCUUGUUUGCUUUGAGAAAGAAGAGGACGCAAAGAAAGUCAAGAGCAUCAAGAGCAUAGAGGUUAAAGGAACCUAUGUGACCGUCAUGAGAAAGAAGGAUACUGUCGUGAAAAAGACUCCAGUAAAGAAAACAGCUACACCAAAUGAAUUCACACCCCGCAAAACAAAAAAUACUGUCAGAAAAACAGAAACAUCUGUGUCAAAGGGCCUGAAAAAAUCUUUACACUCUCAGGUCAUGAAGAGCACCCAAGGCACAGAUGUGAAAAAGUCAUCUCUUUCCACUCCAGUCAAAACAGCCACUAAAGUGUCAGUUAAAGGUAAAGGCUCACCAGGUGUCAGCAGAGCCAAAGUCUUAGUUUCCAAAGCAAAACACGUCUCGAAACAUUCUAAAAAGGUUGCUAGAAAGAGUAAAUCUGUCAGUCAGUACAAUCAAGAAGAUGUUGCUGCUUCAAUACAAGUCACAGUUGCAGAACCAAAUAAUAUCCAAGAUGACAAGAGAGCAAAAGUCAACAUGGAAAGAAACUGGGCUGUACAAGAACCAGAUGCACCUAAGGAGAGUCCCAUCUUGGUGGAGAAUUUGGCAGAACCUACAAAUGUGUCCACGACCACAGUAGAAUGUCCUGAGGCAGUUCAUUUAGAAGACUUGCCUACUGAAGAAAUGUUUGUCUUAGAGCAGCCAGAAUUACAAGAGACACAAGAAGCAGAACCAACCCAAGUGGGACCUGAAGUCAAAGAGGCACAAGAUACAGAACCGGCAGAGACCGAGGAAACCAUCCCUGUAAUGUCAGAAGAGCUGAUGGAAACUGGAAGUAGUACUCAAGAGGAAGGAGAGAUAUUGAGCAAUACAGAAUCAGAAGAACCACCAACAGAAACUGGAACAGACAUCCUCAAACCUGAGGCUGACAGCUGUACACCUCAGGAGACUAAAGCUCCUCCUGAACCACAGGCAGACCCAAGUCCAGAACCAAAACAAGAACUGGAGACUAAGGAAGAACCCUGUCAAUUUUCAGUCUUAGCUGAUGUUCUAGAGAAGAAAGAUUCUUCGUCUCCCAUGAAGAACCAGAAGGGUCCAAAGAUGGCCCCAGUUGUCUUUAAAGCCGGUGAAUCUCUCAAGGGAGCAGCCAGCACUGCAGUGAGCAGACAGAAAGCACAGACAGCUGCUGUACCUUCACGGCUGACGGUUUUGGACAUGGAUCAAAUAUCGUUCGGGAAAAAGAAAUUCGCGACCUACGCUAAGAAAAAGGUGCUUUCACAAAAGUUUUUAAAACGUAAUGACACCAUGAUGUUGAUCAAAAAUCUGCCCGAGGAAGACGACUACACAGAGGAAGAACUGUCCGAGCUUCUCAGAUCUGCAGGAUUCGACUACAGAGACGACAACUUAUACGUGAUCCCCCGGAGUUGUCUGGCUUUUUGUUUCCUUUCGUCCCUGGAGACAGUUCAGAAACUGAUCGCAGGCAGACCAAUCUACUUCAAAAACCUCAGACUCCACCUCUUCGUGCCCUGCAUUGGUUACACUAUGACACCAUAUCGUUUGUAUAAAUUCCUGCUCAAGAGAAUGACUGGCAAAGCCUCACACCCAGCUGGAACCAUCUAUGUGAAGAACAUUUCCAGCGUUCAGACUGAAGCGCUAAUUGAGAUUUUGAGAAAGAUGGAAAAAGCGGCUAUGCUCAUGCCUUUCCUCAACAAGAUGUUUGUGGAGUUUCUAACACCCCAUGAUGCUGAUCUGCUGGGAGUCUGUUUCAGCCUGAUAAAUCCAGCAUAUAGUUGUACUAUGUACCGUAUGUUAAUCCCUCAAGUGGGACCCAGAGUUCUGCAUGCGAAAUAUAUUCCGAAACAGCUUAUCAGCACUUUCACUAAAGGAGUGGAUUUUAAGGAACCCACCAUAAACCCACAGGGCAGUUCUCCACCAUUCUGGCUCAGCAUUAACACGCGGCCCUACAUCUUUCCCACCAUGUCCAGUUGGUUCCAAAUCCCAAGAAUCAUGACGUACAAAUUUGAUGGUGACGCCAGGGUGGCCAGAGACCAAUGCUUCAGGCCCACCAUCAUGUUGACAGGCUUACCUGAGGGACGCUACAGACAGGAAGACGUGGCCCGGCUGUUCUGGUCCUGCUUCCCCAAACGGAACCUUCAGACUUUGUACUACAGCGUGUUGGUUCUGAUUCUACAGAGGAGGGCCUUCAUCCAUUUUCCUGACUGGAUGUCCUGCCUCAUUUUCUUUGAGCAACACAACAAUAAAAGACUGACUUUGUGUGGAUCCGCACUCACACCGCACUUUGUCAUGGAGCCCAUGGUUACAGAAUAUACUGAGGAGCGCAUGUUCAUCCAGCUGCUGAAACUCAGCAACUUGCGAACCCCUCAUCCAGAGUCUCUGGAGGAACGCCUCCUGUGCGUGGAAAUUGCUGAGGCAACAGUCAACAUCGUCACGGUGGUCAUGGAGGGGGUGGCCUCCAUUGCUCAAUUUGUGAGGUUCCUGCCGCUUGCCAACAGGAUUUGUGUGGAGAUGGCUCAGUCCAGUGGAGUCAUUAAAGUGGUGGAGAUGUACAAAACAUAUAAACCACAAUCUGAAUUCAAACUCAACACCUGGAAUAAAGUGAUUCGCAUUGAAUGUAUGAAGAGCCUAAAACAGCGUCUGCACGAUGCUGGUGAAACCGCGAUAGACCUGAACCCCAAAGCCCCCAGCAGCAUUGCAGGAGCCGGGUCUACCUCCAACCAAACCACUAGCUCCACCGUUGAUGUUUCACCGAAAGGAGCUGAAAAACUAGAGGGCGCUGAGAGACCAGCUACAGGUCUGACGGUCCCGCCUGAAAAGGUUCAAGGCUUGGCAGCUUCAAAUGUGGUCCACUUUGAUGAACAAAGUUUUAACAUAGAUGACUUUAUAACUGUGGAUGAAGUCGGGGAGGAUGCUGGAGAGCACAAACAUCGUGUCCAGUCAGCCAGACAGAUCACGAAAAGAAAAAAUCAGCAGGAGUGUGAAGCCAUUUAUAAAAAUGAAAUAUCAACAAGGUCAAUGCAAACCUCUAAGAACCUGGACUCACCGUCAUCACCUUCACCUUCCAAGUUUCCUGAAGACUACAGGAAGAGAAGCCCAUCUCCGAGCUCCAUCUCUGCUUCACCCAAAAAGUCAAGGCUCUCUAGCAAGUCAUUAAUUUCACCUUCUUCCUCUUUGCCCCAAGGAAAAUCAAAAGCACAGAUUACUUCUUUCUUCAGUUCUGAUUCCAGGCCUUCCUCUGUGGCGAAGUCUGAGAGUGCAGUGAUAAAGUCUGAUCACACAGUGUUAGCUGAGGGCAAUGCUGAAAAAUCUGUUAAGUCCGAGAAAGAAAUAGAAACCUUAUCAGAGAUGAGUCCACCUGCACAGGAAUCAGAAAUGAAUCAGGACCAGAAUCAUUUAGGGACAGGUUUCAAGGAUAGAACAGUCCACGACCUGGAGGAGAGGAAAGAUUCUUUGAAAGAAAUUACCGAAGAGGAGGAAGACAAUUACCAGAUCCUAGAUUCUUUUGAAGAGCAGACAGAAAACGAGGUUAAUAAAAGGAGUCAGUCAGGAAACUCACCUGACAACCUGUUUCCUGAACAUGGGGACAUUUUCCAUGUUUUGGACAGUGUUGGUGAUGAUGGUACAGAAUUCUGCACACAGACGACUGAAGAGGGGCCAAAAUGUUUGACUAAAGACCUUUUAAAAGACACUGAUACUUCAGGUGAGAAAGAGUCUGACAAAAUUUGGAUCCAAGCAAACGACCAAUCUGAUGAAAAACCUGCAAAUAACAAAACUGAGGCAAACAAAGAUCUAUCCCAAGAGAAAGAAGAUUUACAUUUUAAACUAAAUCAGAGUGGGGCAAAAGAAGAGGAAGAAGAAACGAUUCAAGGCAAAGCUAUGAAUACAAAAAUCUCCAAUGAUGCAGAAAACCCUGAUGAGCAAAUGGCAGAGGUUCAAGCAUCUGAACAGCAACAGUCUGAAAUUCUACCUCCAAAAGAAGACCAGUCUGUAAUGGUUGAACCUAAAAGCCAAAAUGACCAAGAGGUUAUCAAGCAAACAGAAGAGGAAGUUGUAUAUCAGGUUGUUGAUUCCAUUAAAGAUCAGCUUGAUGUUUCUCCGACAGAGCCUGACAACAAAAGAAGUAGAGGUGAGAGGGAAUUCACCCACAACAAAGAAGAGAGGCCAUCAAAUCACUGUGGGCAGAGGACCACAACAACAGCUGCUGAAAAAAAGGAGUCAGAUAAACCCACAAGGACUGAAGAGCUCACUGAGGACAUGGAGUUUGAAGUCUUAGAUUCUGUCGAAGAUGAACCUACUGUAGCAGCAUCCACAUAUGAAAGGUCUGGAAGAAGGAGCCCUAGAGGAAAGAAAGAAGAUCCCACAAAAGCACCAAAAAAACCUGAGGUGGAUGAUGAGGUGGUCGCUGUAAGAACUAGAUCUACAUCAAGAAGAAGAGAUGGGUCCACAAGGAAAGAUAGUUUGACUGUUGGGUCAAACAAAGAGGACACACCGUCAAGAAGAACACACAACCCUGCCAGGAAAAUUCUGAGAACACAAGAAGAAGCUUCAGAGGAGAGCAGAUCAAUGAAUAAGGUUGCCAUCAUUGUGAAGGAAGAUCCUGAGGAAGAAGCAACCUAUGAAAUAGUGGACUCUGUAGAUGAUAAAGAUGACCAACCAUCAAAAGGAAAGAAAAGAAAGCCCAACAGAAAGGAAGAACAGCAUUCUAAAGAGAGCUCAACAAUGAAGAAGACCGAGCUCAUUGUGAGGGAAGAAGAUACCUAUGAAAUAUUAGAUUCUCUGGAGGUUAUGAAGGAAGACCAUCCAGUUACAAGAAGAAAACGUGGAAGACCAAAAAAGCAGGAGAAACCAGCUAAAAAAGAACCUGAACAACGUAUAGAGUGUGAAAAGGAGGCAGAUGGAAAAGAGGAGGUGUCCUGUCAGAUAAAUUCUUUGGAGGAUCAGAUGGUAGAUGGUCAUCCUAAUAUGGAACAGUCAAAGAGCUUGAGAAAGACCAGAGCAUCUAAAAACAACAAGGCAUCAACAGAAGAAAGAACACCUCGGACAAGGUCACGCAAAAGCAGGUCCAAUGAGGAGCCGCUGUAUCAAAUAGUAGAUUCUGUAGAAGACGAACAGAUUCAGGAGGAGGUGACGAAAACAGAAGUGUCCAAAGAACCAGGUGAGUCAAAACAGGACACAACAAGUGUCAGCACUGCUGGGGAAAAUAGGAACAAGAAGGCCGAGGACAAUAUUGAUCACCAGCCUGAAGACAUAGAGACUGAAAGAUUAGGUGGAAGAACAACACUGGAAAAUGACAGCAAAACAGAACGAUCAGAGAAUGAGGGCGAAGCUGUGACUGAAACUGUAGACUUCUUGGAAGACUAUCAAGUGAAGGAGCAGCUAUUGACCCAAGAAGUUUCCAAAGAUACUAAAGGAGAAACUUCUUGUACCAUCUUAGUUGCGGAAAAGACUGAAGUGGUGGUCAAAGUUUUGGAUGGUGGUGGUGAUGCUUUGUCAGCUGAAGGCCCAACAGCUUCUACAAACGCUCUUGUCAACUUGGAUGAAGUGAGCGAUGAGGAGGAGGAUUUCCCAGAUGAUGUGGAGGAGGAGGAAGAAUCGAGGAAGAGGCACACAAGGAGACUCUCCAAGAAUUCAGAAUGUACCUCAAGGAAAAAGCAGAGUGGCAUCAAGGGUACAAGUGACUCACCGAGUCUCAUAGAAGAAAAACUAAUGUGUGACAUCACUGCUGAUAAGAAAUCUGUCAAAGAUUUAGAGGAGGUAAGCGAUGCUUCGUCUGUUACAGAAGAGUCUUCGGAAACCCAAAGAGAAGCCUCAACACCGUUCAUGGAGAAGAACCAAGAGUCAUCCAAGAAGAAUGACUCUGCCCCUGUGAGGGUCACUUUGGUGAACCUGGAUCAGGUCAGCGAUGAGGAGGAGGACUUUCCUGAUGAUACAGCUAUGGAAGAAGAAGUGAGGAAGAAACAAGCUGCUGUGAAGGAUCAAAGACUUUCAAAGCAGAAGGCGAUGGAACAAGAAGUGCCCACAACUAGGGAGAGAAGCAACAGGGAUCGAAGGAGUCGGAGCAGCAGUAGAGGCGGAGAGAGCAGUGAGGAAGGAAAGAGAAGGGUGAAGGAGAGGUCAAGAGAGGAGGUGGACAUCAAGGAGCUAGUGACUUUGGAUGAAGUAGGUGGAGAUGAAACUGGAGAAGAUGUGGCAGCCCAGAGUCAAGAGUCGGAGGCUGAGGAACUGCUGGGUUUGGUCACUCUGGAUGAAAUUCAUGAAGAGGAUGAUGAAGACGAUGUACAAGCUAGGGGGAUACAAACCCCUGUAGUGGAGAAAGGUUCAUCCAGCCUUGAGGAGAAACCGGUUGAAUCUUCACAUAAGGAGACUUUGGUGUCUCUUGAAGCAGAUGAUGACAUAGAUGACAAAACAAAGAAACCUCACGCAACUUUGAGUUUUCCAGUCAAAUGCAAACAUGAGCCAGAAAAGGAGGAAAAGCCAACCCCCAGAACCCAAGGUCGGCAGAAGAGGAAAUCCCGGACCACAGCUGUGAGAAAAUCUCCUCGAGGGAAAACAUCUGCUGAGAGAGACUGCAAAGAAGAACAGGAGCCAGGUCCCAAUGGACCUGCACCUCCUCAUCUUUUUGACACCUUGUCUCCUGUUAAUAAUCCAACAAAGAUCCAAAAAGAUGCAGACCCAAAGAGUCAGAAAAUCCCUGACUUCCAAGGACUGAGCAAAGAAUUGAGUAAAAGGAAUGUGGACCUACUGGCACCUGAGGUCAAACGAUCUAGAUCAGAGUCUCCCUGUUCUUCUGUCAACACCAACCUCCCACCAUAUCAUCCAGACAAAUCUGUUGGUCAGGAGUUUGUGGUUCCUACACUGGGAUUCUUUUGUAAACUCUGCUCUACUUUCUACGUGAAGGAGAACACAAGCACCCAAGAUCCUCACUGCAGCAGCAGAGGACACUACGACAGGCUGAGGGAACACUACCAGGAGCUGGAGGAGAAAAGCAAACCAUCCAGACGUUCAGGAAGAAGGACACAAGGCUACAUUUCUGACUGAUGUUUCUGGUACUAGCUGUGGUGUUUGUUAAUAUGUUUCCUUUCCAAAUAGGUUUAUUUUAUAAAAAGAAAAUGAUUCACAUAAUCAUUGUCACAACCCCUUGUGAAUAAAAAUUAAAACAUUUUUACUAACCA